AUGGAAGAAAUCAGAAAUGUGAAAAAGGUCUUGGAUGAGAAGUUUAAAAUCAAGGAUAUCGGCAGAUUGAAGUACUUUCUAGGACUGGAAUUUGCUCACAGUUCAAAAGGAUUGGCAAUUUGUCAACGCAAGUACACAUUAGACCUCUUAGAAGAAUUUGGUAUGUUGGGUGCCAAGCCAGCAAGCACUCCCAUGCACUAUUCAGCUGCCCUCUCCAAGAAUUCAGGGAUGAAGUUGAGUGAUUCGCUAUGGUACAGAAAACUAGUUGGCAAGUUAUUAUAUCUCACCAACACUCGACCAGAUAUUUCGUAUGCUGUAGGAUGUUUGAGCCAAUUUCUCGACUGCCCCACUGAUCAACAUUUUCAAGUAGGUCUCCAUGUGCUUCGGUAUCUCAAGGGUGAUUCGAGUUCGAGUUUGUUUUUUGCCAAAGACAAUAACUUGAAACUCACAGGGUUUGUUGAUUCAGACUGGGCAACUUGCCUAGAUACUAGAAGAUCGCGCAGCAGGAAGCAAACUACUGUCUCCUGUUCAUCAUUAGAUGCAGAAUACAGGGCAAUGAGCCAGGCAACUAGAGAAGGACAAUGGCUAGUGUAUCUUCUGAAAGAACUCCAGGCUGAGCAUAAGACACCUUUUAGUCUCUUUUGCGACACUCAAUCCACUCUUCACAUAGCUGCAAACCCUAUCUUCCAUGAAAGGACAAAGCAUUUGGAAGUAGACUGUCAUUUGGUCAGGGACAAGACUCAAGAAGGAGUGGUGAAGUUGCUGCCCGUCAAGACAACUGAACAAACAGCAGACAUUCUUACCAAAAUUUUAUCUCCGACUCCCUUCAACACGUGUCGGAGCAAGCUAGGAUUAUUAAAUCUCUAUAUUCCCAGCUUGAAGGCGGGUAUCACAUGA